UGCGUACUUCUCACUUCCCUUUUCGACCUACCAGUUUUGCGUUAUUAGGCGGCGUGCCAAAAUACAUCGUCCGUAUGUAAGUAAUCAACAUUGCGAUUGUAAUUCAUCAGUAUUCUCUUUUACGGCAAUAACUUUGACUCAUUCAAGUUAAUACAACACCGUUACUUUAGUUGAAAGACUUUUUUUUCGUCGGGCUUUGAAGUGUGCGAAGGCGGCAGCCAGCAUCCGCCCGUUACCAAGAUUCAGUCGACUGACAACAAUGAUCCCUCCUUCCACAGCUGAGAGGAUCAGAGUGAUUUGGACAGAAUGACCGUCCUCAAAGUCUUGGGAGAGAAGAACCAGAACCUGAUCGUAUCGUUGCAGAGACCAAGCGGAAGUGAGGCGAGCAGCGACUAGCCGAGGACCUGAGACGUUAUGUGAGACUUGUGUCGAGCACACUGCUGACAAAGCGCUGGCAAUAAAUACAUGAGGCCAUUGUUGAUUAAACCCAAGGACAUACACGCAUACAGAUUGACAGCAUCGCUCAUUUCCACAAGUUGAGCGACCACUACAAUGAAGCGUCUGUGAUGAUUUCAUAACCACCAGGACAGGACUACAAAUUACUUUCUAGGAAAAUUAUAAUGCUCACUCACAUAUUUACCUGCUUCAUAGACCCAUGACUGCUCUAGAUUGACACAUGCUAGUAUAAAAAUAGCUAAGAUUCUUCCCAAAUAAAACAACAACAACAACAACAAAAAAAAAAUCGCCAAGGGGUGAUACUUGCAGAAGCAACCAUGAACGGUAUGACGGAGACAUCGGUGAAGUGUGUCCUGGUCGGGGACAGCGCAGUGGGCAAGACGGCCCUUUUGGUCCGCUUUACUUCAGAGACCUUCCCGGACAGCUACAAGCCCACUGUGUAUGAUAACACUGGGGUGGAGGUGUACAUGGACGGCGUUCAGAUCAACUUAGGGCUGUGGGACACGGCGGGCAACGACACCUUUAAACAGAUCCGACCUAUGUCCUACCAGCAGGCCGACGUCGUACUCAUCUGCUACUCUGUGGCCAACCCCAACUCUCUGGCCAGCGUCCAGCACAAGUGGAUUGGUGAGGUGCGGGCGAACUUGCCCCGGGUGCCGGUGCUGGUCGUGGCCACCCAGACGGACCUUCGGGAGAUGGGGCCGCAUCGGGCCAGCUGCAUCACAGCGGCGGAGGGGAAACGUGUGGCUCAUGAGGUGCGGGCUAAAGGCUACGUGGAGUGCUCGUCCCUCAGCAACCGUGGUGUGCAGCAGGUGUUUGAGUAUGCUGUGCGGACUGCCGUGAACCAGGCCAGGAAGCAGGCAAGGCGACGCAUGUUCAGUAUGAACCAGUGCAAGGUCUUUUGACGCUGAACCUUGACUGCCUGGAAACCCGAGUGGUCAUGGGACAUUUACCACAAAGAACUGUACAAAAGUGUGUGUGAUCAUGAUGUUCAAACUCAUUGUGGCCUUGGAGUUGUGCUCCUGUAGGAACCCCUUAGAAGCCCCAAACUUUGGAUUUCUUAUUCUUAUACAGGGCCCUUUCCUGCUUAUUGAGUGCCCCGCCUUGCUAGCCUCCCCUCAGUUCAAACACUUUUUACAACUGAGGGGGCAUUUGUUUUAUCUGAGGGUGCUCUACACCUUGGUACACCAUCAUGUGAAUAUUCCCAAGUGGCAGUCCUGCUUCUCUGUGGUCCAAGGAGAACAGAAGAAGUGAAGAGAACGUGCACAGCUCCAGGUUUUUCUGAUCAAACUGUUUUUUUUUUUUUUUUUUUUUUUUUAAAUGAACCAGUACCUUGCAGGUUAUCUCCACCGAAGCAUCAAAGGAUUUGACAGCAUUUUUGAAAGAUGCCCUUAAAAACCUUUUUCCAUGAAGGACUUAAAAUGAAAUAUUAAAAUUAAAUUCUUAAAUGUUUUUAUAUAUAUAAAUGAUUUCU